CCCGAACAGCAGCAGGAGAGCCACCCAGAAAGAAAGCCAGGGAAGAGAGAGGAGAGAAGCACAGAGGGAGAAGCAAAGAGGGAGAAACGGAGAGAUACCGGACGUCCGAGGAGCCAGGGGAGAAAAGCGAGAACGGGAGACGCCCCGGAAAGGGAGAGGGCCUCCCCUCCAGAAGCAGAAAGAGUUGCAGACUGCCGUCGAAGAAGACAGCGGCAGUUCUCACGCUGCCGUUGCCGUCUUCCCUACAUGCAGAGAUGCCCCCCUGAAACACGGCGGCAGAAAAAGAGUAGGAGAAAAAGUGAGAAACGCAGAAGCCGCGUUCGACACGCACUUGACAAGACACACGAUUCGCACCCCCCUUUCUUCGCUUGCUCGCUUGCGUGAAUUUCUCUGUCCCGCGCGAGCAGAACGCACUUCCUCCUUCCCUUUCGCUGCCUGUAGAGACCGACGAAUUUUCUUCUUCCUCUCUCCGCCUGUUUCUCGCGUCCCCGCCGUUUUCUCGAGCUCGUAGAAGCAGAGAAAAAGAGCAGACGCCGCGCACAGUAGGUCCGCCCCUCUGCAGACGCACGCAGCUUUCUUUUUCUGGGAACGCUGCGGACGCCUUUAGUGAGAACGCGCUGCUUUCUCCGCAUUUCUUUCUCGAACGAGACUUUUCUCUCGGGAAAUCGCCACACUCGCCGGGUGUGCCCGCCAGAGAAGACUUGCGCCACUAAAAGAAGGGAGACACUGCGGUGAAGAAGAGUGAAGAAGAACAGCGUUGCGUCGCCGCGCGCGCUCGUCGCUUUUCUCCUUGGAACUUCUUCAUUUGCCGAGGAAGCUGCGCUCCCCGUCUCCACUCUCCUCCACACUUCCGCUGCGUCGAUGUCUCCUCCCGCGUCUGCGGCCUCGGGUGUACGUACACCGGACGCCGAGCCGUCCUGACGACUCUGCAAGGAGGACGUCAGCGCGAGUCUGCGCGGCGCGCGCCCGCCGCAACUGCUCAGGUUCCUCUCGCCUUCCGUCCCUCGUCUUCGUCGCGCAGCUCUGCCUGCCUCUCCUGCUUCUCCUGCCUCUCUUUCUCUCUCUGCAUGCUGCGACUUCAAAAUGCCCUCACGCGGAGGCGCGUACUCGACUCCUCCUCUCUCCUUCGUUCCACAGCCGCCUGAGCCCCUCGGCAACAGCGGCACGCUCUUCUACAGGCCCGGUCCCGCCCCCGUCUCCUGCCGCACUUCUCAUCGACACACAGAAGUGAAGGCUCUGAGCAGAGAGGCCGGAAACAGGUCCUGCCUGCGUCUCCGAGCGCGCGCGCUCUGGGAGGAAGACGCCGCAGGCUCGCCCCCGUGUGCAACCGCAGAAGAUGCAAGGAAACGGGUGCACCAGACAGAGGCAGAGACGGAGGAAGACAGAGAAGGCGAGGAAGGAGAAGAAGAAGGAGAAGAAGGAGAAGGAGAAAAGGGGAGAAGGGAUACAACGCGCGUUUCUUCUUUCAACAAGUCUUCAAGAGAAACCGCCGGACAUCCGAGAAACGAAGACGACGAGAACGGCAAACUGAAGUUCCCUUUGGGACCGUGUCUCCUUCGCUCGCGACACGACUUGCCCGCAUCCCGUGCAGACAGCUACUCGAGUGUAUGUACACCUGGCCCUCACGCUGGGACUGGCGCUGACUUCCUCUGCCGCUACUCUCCGAAAAACGACGCUGGCUUCUCGCCUUUUCCACCGCAACUCAUCCAGUCCUCCGCCGUCCUUCCCUCUUCUUCUGCUUGCUCUUCUUCUGCUUGUUCUUCUUCUGCUUGUUCUUCUUCGUCUUCGUCGUCUGCUUCCUCGUCUUCAUCUUCUUGCUCAGGAGAGGGUCCGCACUCGCAGGCAGCCGACGAAUUUGUGGCUUUUCAGCGAGUACGCUUGCAGUUGCUGUCUCUGCAGUACACCGAGAAGUUCGACCCCGUCAAUACGCGCCUGGUGGACAGACUUCUCCAAGAUGUCGUGAAGGCCGUGGAGAACUUUCAGGUCCUUAUGAAGAAAUUCAAGGAUUUGCAGUCUCAACUAUUGAAAGAGCGCGAAGCUGCGGCGCUGGUGGAGUUGGCGCGCAUACGUUCGGAAGAGGAGGCGAAGAAGGCUCAGGAGCGACUGCGAGAUGUGGAGAGAGCACACGAAGAGAGAGAAGAAAAGUGGAGGCGAGAGAAGAGAGAUAAGCAGCAGACGGCAGAGACGCUCAGAGGACUGCUCGCGCAGGCGAGAGAACAAGUCCUCAAGACAGAGGAGAAACUGAAGAAGCAAGAAGAGCAGAACAGACACCUGAAGCGCAUGCAGGGGACGAGUCGUUCUCCGAGCCUCCCGCGUCGUUCUCCCUCAGGGCGUCUGGCGCCUCUGCGCAGCGGGAGGAGGCCGCUGUCUCCGCCGGACUCGCGGGGGGCGACAGAAGUCCAGAGCACUCACAGUUCUCCCCGAAGAGAAGAAAGGGAAGACAGAGAAGAAGGAAGAGAAGAGAGAGACGAGUGUCUCUCCGACCAAGUGCGGCACUACAGGCAGCUGGUCGAGAGUUUGCGGGAGCAGCUGGAGGCGGAGAGACGUCGGGGACGAGCGGCCAGAGACGCAGAGGCGGGUGUACAUCCACUGGAGAGAGAAGCGUUUUGGGAAGAGCAGCUGAGGCAGAAAGAAGAAGAAUGUCGCGUUGUGAGAGCUCGCGUCGACUCCCUCAGUGCUCUCUGUCGAGAGCUUGAGCGUCGAGCUGGUGGCGUGGAUCCUUCGACGGCCCUUUGCUCCGAGGCGCGAGAGGGCAAGCGACUCGUGGAGGCAGCACCAGACGACUCGUCUGAGUCUUCUGCAGCUGCACAGUUUCCAGCGCCAAAAAAACGCGGAGAAAAGAAAAGAGAGAAACCGCGGGGAAGAACGUGGACUCCUCGCAGCUUGUCAAGAAAAGGCGACGAAGUACCGAGCAGUGGAGACAGCGAAGAAGAGAGAGAAGGAGAAGAAGAGAGAGAAGAAGAGGGAGAAGAAGAGGGAGAAGAAGAAGUUGAAGGGUGGAAAGCAAGUACGAACGCAGAGGAAGACUUUGUGGAGGAAAUGGAGAACGACGUCGCAGAUCUCGUCGCAGAACUUGAGCACCUUCAAAGGAGACGACGAGAGGAUGCGAAGGAGCUUUCAGGAGGGCGUCGGGCGGCAACCAGAGAGGAGACGAGGCAGGCGCAAGAUCGAGCAGAGGAAGAACUCGCCGAUUUGAGCGCCAGGGUGAAGCAGCUGGAAGAGCAACUGGCAGAAGAGAAGCGGCGCAGAGCGGCUUUGGAGGCAGAGCUGGACGCGGUGCGACGCGACCAUGGCGAGGCGGGAGAAGUGCAGAAGGACGAAGUCUCGCGUUCGCAUUGGGAACAUACCAUCGGUCUGCUGGAGAAGGAACGCUCGCGGAGCUUGCAGAAGGAUGCCCUCAUCCAGCAACUUGAAACGGCUCUCACGGAAGUCAAAGACGAAGUCCGCGGCAUCGUCGAGAGAAAGGAGGCACUUGAAGAGGCACUUGAAGCGAAGCAGAAACGAGCAUCGGAGAUGGAAGAAAAGGCACAGACUCUGGAGCGACGCGUUCAAGAGCUUGAGACCGCUUUUCUGAAACUCGAGGCGCAGCCAUGCCCAGCGACUUCUCCCGCCUCAUGCCCGCCUCGACCGCCUUCUUCUUCAUCCUCUUCUUCGUCUUCUUCCCCCGAGGAAGGACUCUUGCACGUACAGAUCGCAGACAGAGACGCACAAGUUUCAGAGUUGGAGCAACAGGUUGCUCGUCUUUCGCAGCUGCUCGCGGCGGUGGAACAGAAUCGAGGAGAAGAACUUCAAGUUCUCACAGAACAACUCGCUGCGUCACGGAACAAAGUCAAAGACCUCGAGAGCGCGGCGACUGGAAAAGAGAAGACGGAGGCGCUCUGGCGCGGCUACCAACUGCAGCAGCUCCGCGAAGAGCUGUUUCUCUCGGAUCGAGAAAAAGACUCUCUUCACAGAGAGCUGGCUGUGAAAGAAGAAGCCGAGGCCGCGCUGCAAGAACUUGUCAAAAUCCGAGAAGAAGAAAAGACCCGCCUCCUCGCCGACUUCGCGAAAAGCCGACAGGCAGCUAGUGCAGAGCGGGAGGCCUUGACGACUCGGGCAGAAGAAAUGGAAAGACACUUGCAAGAGUUGCGAGUCGAACGAGACCUGCUGCAGCAACGCACUGCCGUCCUCCAGAGUGACUUGGAAACACUUGGGCGUCUGAGCGAGGAGAAUUCCUGUCUGGCUGACGAGAUGCAGUGCAUGCAAAGGAGACGCGACGAACUGGAGGAGCAGCUGCGUCUGCAGCGCAUGGCUCACGAGCAGGUCGUCAAGGAACUCCAGGAACUGCAGAAGCGACAUGAACACACCAUGGCGCUCUGCUCGCAGCUGACGCUGGAACGUUCGGAGGCGGUGGAGGCGUCGGAGGCACAACGGCGCCGGACUGUGGAGUUGGAGUCCGAGUUGUCGCUGAUGGCCGAGCGGCAACAACAGAUUUUGCAGGACUUGGCAACGACGCAGAGAGCUCAGAAACGCGCGGAAGAAGAUUACUUUCUUCUUCUCCAGAAAAUGGAAGAUCUCACGGAACAGAUCGCCUCCGCUCCUGCCGACAAGAUGCCCUCUCCCAGCGCCUCAGCUCUCACCACGACAGUCUAGGGGAAAACGCUGGGGCAAAGAUGCACUCCCAUCUUUUAGAGAUAUCUAUUUAUAAAUAUAAAGGCAAACGAAGUGCAGAAACAAGGCGAGCCGCUGAGUUCCUCGGUUUCGGGUGCGCGUCAGUUUUUGCGAACGCAGAUCCUAUACGCAUUCGCAUGUGCGUAUGCAUGCAUCUGUAGACUCACAAAUCCUCAUGCAUUCACAUGUAUCUUUGUUACUGUGUGAGAUCUGUUAAAAGGCUUUGCUGGAGCAACGUCGAAGAGAAGAGUUUCUCCUCCGCAUCUCCUGAGAACAGCCGUUUUAUACAUAUAUAUAUAUAUAUAUAUAUAUAUAUUUGUGCCUGCCUGCUUACAUGCAUGCAUAUAUAUAUAUAUAUAUAUAUAUAUAUGUUUCGAACUUGUCAAACGCUUGCUUGUUGAAUUGCAGUGGAAUAGUUGGAGAGUGACGAAACGCACGAGGAAGGCGGCGAGUUCUCUCUUCCUCUCGUCUUCGCUCUUGGCUGUUCAGUUUCUCUGGCUGUGUCGCACAACACAAAGAAGUCGGCUGGAUCCAUCAGCAGGCCUCCUCCUGCCCUUCGUGGGUGGAAUGUUCUGUAGCGAUGAAGACGCUUGUUGCGCCUCUCGACUUGAGUCUUCUUCAGCCUUCUCGAUAGUCGAGUAUUUUUUUUUCCCCUCCGCGGUUUAGACUCUACGGUUGGAGUCCAGCCGGAAAGGUUCGUGUCGAAAGCAUGCAUGUGCGACGCCUCGUCGUCAGGCUGAGACGCCGUCGACGUCGUGAACGUCAAGCGUUUUGGAUAAAAAAAUACGAGAAACGAA